GCAGCUGCAGCAGUCCAACCACGUUCAAUCUGCUCCACCACUUGAUGCCGGUGACCUUGGCUGACGGUGGUCACGCCUUUCAGUCUUGCGUUGCUCUUUUCUACCCACCAUGGCAUCAUCGGACGGGCUGGAUGAGGAUUGCGUGUUGCAGCGGGGGAGAUCUCAGAGUGACCCGAGCAGCAUCACCGAGGUCCGCUUGGGUGAAGCGCACAGAGCAGAUGUGAUGGACCAGCAGAGGGUGCUGCACUCGGGUUGCCUGGUCUCAGGGGUUCGUACGCCUCCCGUCCGCCGCAACAGUAAGCUGGCCAGCCUGGGACGCAUCUUCAAGCCCUGGAAAUGGAGGAAAAAGAAAAACGAGAAGCUGAAGCCCUCCGCAACGGCGGAGAAGAAGGCAGCUGUACGACAGAAGAGGGAUGACCUCGUCAGGAGGAACCCCGGGGAGACGGAGACAGAGUCAGAUCUUGCUUGUGGGGGUAACGGUGAAGAUCCGGACACCCCGACUCACUCCGACGGCGAGGACCGAGACGAGGAGCCCGUGGCACCUCUGGCCAGCACCAGUGAGGACCUGGGCAGCGAUUUGGAAGCCUCGACAGUACAAGAUAUGACUGAAGACUCAAAGACAGUGGGAGAUCCCAGCCAGAGUGAAGAUGGAGAAGAUGAAAGCACCUCGCUGAGUGACCCCGGCGACGAGCAGUCGAUGGGGAAGGUGGAGGCCGUUGAAGGGAAACAGGAGGCGAUAGCGGCGCAGCCUCUGAGACGAACCAGCACCUCUCCUCCACCCAAGCUGCCAGUCAAACUGCUCACCAGACUGGGCAGCCUGGACAGUGCUCCUGUAGUGCCAGUGAAGAAGUCCCCAGCCACCUUACCCAGGAACUUCACACUUCCCAAAGACCCCCAUGGCUCCCUGUUAAGAGGCAGGAUCUCCACCCCUACUGGGUCGCCCCACCUUGGGGCACUACACCCACAGCUGCCCCCUAGCUGCAUCAUUGAGGAAUUGCACCGCGCCCUGGCCACCAAACAUAGGCAGGACAGUUUCCAGACGAAGGAGGGACGCUCGUCCCUGAAGCGCCGGCUGGACGGCCGCCUGUCCCGCACGUCCAGCACAGAGAGGGAGCCUGCCGGGGAGUCGGAGAGCAAGAAGGAGUCUGACGAGAACAAAGAGAACUGGCGUCUGGACGAAUACUUGAACGACCAGGACAGCUGGAAUGAGUCUGUGAUCUCCGGAGACUGAGCCAGAGGCCGGCCGUGGAGGAGCUGGAGAGUCGGAACAUCUUAAAGCAAAGAAAUGACCAGACGGAACAGGAGGAGAGGAGGGAAAUCAAACAGCGGCUGAACAGAAAGCUGAACCAGCGGCCGACAGUGGACGAGCUGCGUGACAGAAAGAUCCUCAUUCGUUUCAGUGACUAUGUGGAAGUGGCCAAAGCUCAGGACUACGACAGGAGAGCUGACAAGCCCUGGACCAGACUGUCAGCUGCUGACAAGGCGGCGAUACGGAAGGAGCUGAACGAGUUCAAAAGCAACGAGAUGGAAGUUCAUUCUUCGAGCAAGCAUCUGACAAGGUUCCACCGGCCUUAGCAAGGUUUCUUCUGUGAAGAGUUGCUGAUAUCUGGUUUUGUCAGUGAAGACCUUGCACGGAGUCUUCCAGUGCCCUGGCCCACAGUCAGUGGGUGUCCUGGUGUUUUUGUCCAGCGAACCUUGGAGGCUAUGUCUCUAGAAAUGGAGCCGCCGGUGGACAGGGACGCAUGCGGCGAGCUCCACUUCUGCUCAGAGGAACAUGACCUCAACCCUCACUUCACCUUGUCGGAGGAGCAGGAAGAAUGGAGGUCAUGUGUUCGCCAUAGACAAGCAGAGACUUUUUUUCGUAAACAGACUGUUUUGAGCGACGUCCUUUUUGAUGCCACAUGGGGGAGAUGUGCAUGUGACCGAGUCGACCAGUCCCACUCCAGUAUCAGUAGUCACAUCCCCAAGCUGUGUCUGAGUCUCACUGAUUCAGUCGAUGGUGUUUCAUAUCAACAGUGUAAACAGAAACCUUGUCUGUGUAGAAGACAAAAAUCCCUUUGUAAGCACUAUUUAUUGUCUGCACAAU